CUCCAGACUUAUAUACCAGAAAUAGUGACUGAUGCAGAAGAUGCCUGGGUAAGAACAACUUUGCGUAUUAAAAACCUAACUAAGAAGAAAGGGAAGAGAGUAAUAGUAUCUGUUAAUAAAAGAGAUACUCAUGAUUUUUACAAAAUACUUCCUGGGAAAUCGAAAGAUUUGGGCACUUCCAAUUCGGAUACUUCUUCCAAUUCAGAUACUUCGGACAGCGAUUCAAGUAAUUCUUCUACAUCUAGUUUGGAAAUAGAAUUAUCUGAAGAUAGUUAUACUUAUCUUUACAAAGAAAUUGUUAAAGCCGAAGCUGAUAAUGAUAUUGCAAGGAACGCUAUCGACAAACUAUGGCUUACUGUCGAAAACAAGAAACCAAUUCUUAAAGAAAGAAACGUGAAUGAAGGAACAAAUUGUAUACAGUUAGUUUCUUGUAAAGAUAUCCAUAUUAACAAUAUUGGGAAUAAAAGGAAUUACGAGAAUGAAAAUCCAGAGACACCAGAGGUCCCAACGAAAAAAAUAUCGGUUGGCAACGACGGUUCCUUUUCGGAAAAUAAUAAACAUGAAAAGCAUCAUGAGGAAGAUGAGGAAAUAAUUUUAUUAGAGAGUCCGAUCGUUAAAAAACUUAUAAGUAUUGGCGGAAUUGCACGAUAUAGAAUUGUCUUCUUGGCUGAAGAAAACAAUAGUAGCCCGAUUAAAUCAGCUUUUAAAGAGGAGGAAUGGUUAAAACUUGAAAUAGAAUGGCGAAAAGUUCGUGAAUAUGCAUAUAGAGAUAAAAUCGUAAAUCCUCUAAUAGAAAAUGUUUUUCUGGAAAUAAACGAAGUGAUUCGUAUGAAAACAGGCGAAGUCGAAAAUUUAGACCGCAAGGUUCAGAAAGAUUCAAAUAGAUUACCAGGGAUACGUCGUGCCACUGGUUGGGAGCACGAUGCUUUAUUAGUAAUGAAGGUGAAGAGCAUCGAAUAUCAAAUAGGAUUUGGUGAGAUUGUAGGGAACGCUUGCGAACAUGAUGAUGCAAAAAUGGAGCGGGAUAGAGAAAAAAUUCUUAA